AUGGUUCUCGAGGUACAUGACUCUCAGGAAUCUUCCUCCGAGAAGAGUACCUUUGCCAUUGUCGAGGCGGAUGAAACAGCAAUUCUGGCGCGGUAUGGCGUCGAGAGGCGGUUAGAUGGGCUGAUCAACUGGAAACGCGACUGCAAGACGCACCCGAGGAACUGGUCGACCAGGAGAAAGAUGUUUGACACUACAGUCAUCGUCCUGUUUGAGUUGUACACGACCAUCAUCAGCACAACGGGAGCAGUGGCCGCAUCAGAGUCAGCACACGACUACUGGCUCAGUCGGCAAGCAUCAUUAGUUGGGUUCACACUCAUGUAUCAACUAGGUCAAGCAGUAGGGGGCUUCCUGAUCCCUCCCUUUUCUGAGUUGUUCGGUCGCCGCCUCCCAUACCUCACCUCCUGCGCCGCAUUCUGCGUUUUCAGCCUACUCACCGGCGUCGUACGCUCCCCGGCAGCAGUCUACCUGGGGCGCUUCGUAGCAGGCCUUGCGUCCGCCGUGCCGUCAGUAGUCAUCGCCGGCAGCGUGGAAGACAUGUUCAACACGAAGCGACGGGUGUGGAUCAUCGUCCUCUGGAACGCGGGCACAACAGUCGGCCUAUGCCUCGGUCCCAUAUACGCCGCCCACAUCUCCGAGGCCGUAGGCUGGCGAUGGAUCUUUCACAGCGCGGCUGUCAUCACCGCGGUGCUGUUCAUUUGCCUAUUCGGAAUCAAGGAGAGCAGACCGAGCAUUCUGUUGGGCAACAUCGUUGGGCAGAUGGCGAAAGAGACGACAAUACAGGAGCUGGGGUGGCACAAUCCCGAUGAGGCGCAAGACUGGCGGGCGCUGGUCCGGAUCAGUGUCAUUAGGCCCGGCAGGAUCCUGGUCACGGAGCCGCUGGUCAUCAUGGUCGCGUUCAUCUCGGCGUUGUCGUGGGGCAUGAUUUACCUAUUCACCGAGUCGCUUACCGUUGUCUACAUCUCUCUCGGAUUCACAAAGACACAAGCCUCGCUGCCGUUCCUGGCCAUCGCCGUGGGCGUGCUCUUCACGUUCCUACCUCGUCUGUGGGAUAUGAAGGUCCUACGGGAUCGGCAACGCAAACAAUUACCCAUCCAACCAGAAGACAAAAUCAUCGGCUUCGGCUUCGCCGCGCCGGCCCUGGCCAUCGGCCUCGCCUGGUUCGCCUGGACGAUCCCGCCGGCGGUAGUCAGCGUGCACUGGAUGGUGCCGACGGCGGCGCUCGUGCUCGUCGGCUUCGCUGUCAACGAGACAGCACACACGCUCAGCGGAUACCUCGCCGACUCGUAUCUGCUCUACUCGGCGUCGGCGUUCUCAGGGCUUGCGUUCGUGCGGGCCGUCGUGUCGGGGCUAAUGCCGAUCGUCGCGCACGAAAUGUAUGCCGGACUGGACGCCAAUGUCGCGGGCUCGGUGCUCGCGGGGCUGGCGGCAGCGUUCUGUGUUACGCCGUGGCUGUUCUUCCGGUUUAGCAAGAGGCUAAGGCAGCGGAGUCCGUUUGCAAGGUUCAGUCUGGAGACGCAUUGCAGGACAAACGUUGAGGAGAACUAG